AUUUAUUAGUUGAACUCAAAUUGUAACCAUAUCUUGAAUCGAAGCAGUCCGGUCGGAACCGAAAUGAGUAUAAAGAUGAACAUUAUCAAAAUAGUUUUGCUGAUAUUUUCUGUAUCGUUGGCCCAAGCAAAUGAUCUUAAGGAUGAAAACACGUCGAAUUUGCAGCCACAGCUUGUGUUUUACAAAUUCUUCACACCCACGAAGCUUGCUGAGGCUGCUACCUUCAUCCAUCACCACAAUACCCUGACUCCUCGACUACUCACAUUCCUCAGUGCUCCAAGCAACUACUAUCGACUGAUGAUUGUUCCACUGAUUCCGCCAGGAGUCAUCGGUAAAAAUGCCAAACUUGUCGUCAAGAUGGCGGUUGGCUUGGAAACGAAAUUUGGCUCAGCAGAUAGCGAUCCUUCAUUUGCUAUUUCAGAUGGCGAUCGCUUUGUCGGCAUGCUGACACUUGAUAAGACCAACUACCCAUCGACUGCCCCCUGUCUUGGUAUAGAUGGGCCCAGCGGGAAUACCAUGACUCGUCAUACCGAUACGUUACUCCCAAAGCCAUCCGAGUCUUAUUACCCAGGAAGAUUCGAGAUCCAGUUAAGCCUGUCUGACCGUUGGGGAACCUGUUUCGUCCCGCUAGACGGCGGUUUCAGCAGGGAAAUGGUUUACCAGUACAAGUUGAAUCCCAACAACGGCCUAUCUUUGGAGAUUUAUGGCGACGACGCACAAGAGAAAGAAGGCAUCAAAUACAUUGAGCUGAGCAUCCUGCAAGAGAACUAGUCUCUUAUACGGCUGACUCAAAACAAAUGUCUACAUAUCACUGUCAAGAGCUGUGUAGUUUCUGCUGAUUAAAAGUGAUUGUUCACAAGCCGCCAAACAACAUUUGUUCACUUCAUUUUUUCUUUCCUUAUUUUAAGGCAUAGAAUUUAGCUCCAUUCCAAUCCUAAUCACAACUUCCUUGUCAUACGCGAGAAAGGUUACUUUAUGGGCUUUCGCCU